AUGACUCGUGGACAAAUUUGAUGAGAAACGGCAGGAAAUGAAGACCGACGAUGAGAAAUUGGAUUGAAUUCCCAAUUCUUCUCCUCACCUUUAGCUCCGACCGUCAUCAUGUCCGACAAUGUGCUCAUGAACCAAAUCGGUAAAAUUCCGAAAACGUCAACACCCGUGUUAGUGCUUCUAAAGGUGAUCUUGUGCAUCAUCCCGAUUGCUAUGAUCGCAGUGGGGGCAGAGCACCUGGACGACUGCCCCCGCCAACGCUACAUUCCCAUUUACCUGAUUGUGAUGGGCGUCUUCUCAAUGCUGCGGGUGAUAUCGGUUUACCUGCCCUGCGCCCGGCAGCCCAAAGACGGCCCUCCGAACCCGCUCUACCGACUCAGCCUGGGUUGGAACGCUCUGUUGGCCGUGUUCCUCAUCGCCUGGUUCAUCGCCGGUAACGUGUGGAUCUACUCCAUAUACAAGCCCAACUACCACAAGAACAUCACAAUGCCUGAGCCUUACUGCGACAAAAGACUCUACCAGUUUGCCUUCUGGACUACGACGCUAGUCUACAUCCUGGCGGGUGUCAUCAUGGGAUUCGUGGCACUCGGCAUCCUCGUGCCGGUCUGCUCAUGUUUGUUCUGCAAUGCCGACCCCGAUGAUAACAUCUGGAAGAUCGCUGAGGUUUCGCGCGACCGUACGUCAGCAGCCUUUGGCCGCCAGGAGGUCGAGAGCUUUGUCGUGCACCGGCCUGUAGAAGAGGGUGAAGCUGGACGGGCACGUCGUUUUGGCCUGGGGACAAACAUAAAACAAAAAUCUGUGAAAUUCGUCCUCGUGCGGCUCUUCUCGCAUUCACAUCUUCACCUCAGGGAACUGAAGAACGACUUGCCAUCGCCACCUUUACUUCAGUGCUUUUUACCUCAACCCACUGUUGUGACCACAGUCCACCUACAGAGGGCGACAGGACUCUGCCCUCCCAAACAGAUAGCUCCCGAUGUUUACGCCAUCAUUUGUUGUGAGAGCGCCACCGUUCGCUCUCAGGUGUUUAAAGCCAAAGGAAAUCCAGAAUUCCACCUGAGAGCCAUCUUUUACAGGAGAUACCCCGACGCACACAUCUCAUUCGAGAUUUGGAGCAGAGGCCUCCUGUGGGACUCCAUUUUGGGCCACGCCCGACUCCACACGACGCCGACCGACCAGAGUCGGGACCACGCGAUGGAGCUACGAGGAGGCCGUUCGGGUUCAGGAGGCCGCGUCUAUGUGGAGACGUCAUCGAGCGUCUGCCUGACGGACUUGUAGCCGCCUCGCCGGCUCGUCCGGUUGGCGCGGUAACAAGAAUCGCGCCAUCCCCUGGAGCAUUUUUAUUUGAAUCUACCAAAAUAGGGACGAUGCCAAAUGCUUGCAAGUGCUGUACAUUUGCAAAGUUUUGUUUUCUUUUCAUGUCAUUUCUCAGAUGUGUGAAUAUUAUUGUUUCUUCAUCGAGUGUGUUUCUAUGUUCCUGUCAUUUGAUAGAACAAGCGACUCCAUCUAAGAAUUUUUGUCAUGGGAAAUGAUACCGCCAGAGACACAAGUGGCUAAUUAGUCUUUAUUGAAAUAUUUUCAUUUUGGGGUGUGCUCACUUUUGUUGCCAGCAUUCUCAUUUCAUCACAGUUGUCUAAUGAAAAGGUACACCCCACUUA